CUCCUUAGCUAACUCUCUCUCUCUCUAUGAAGUCUCCUCUCUCAAUCCCACCUCCUGGUUUUUCUCCGUUCUCUCACUAGGAAGAGUUCUGCACUUAACUCUACCUCUCUCUCUCUCUCGCGGACCGACUGAAACAGAUCUCCGGCAUUGACUCAAUCGUUCAGCAACAACAGAAAGAGAGUAAAUUGGCUUAUUGCGAGGAGAUAAGAAUCGCUGGAGAGCUACUGUGAGAGCUCCACAGAUCUGCCAGGUAACUGCUCCCAGAGGAAUUAUGGCCGACUGUUAGGAGAGGAGGGUUUUUCUCUAAAUCCCUAUUUUCCUGAUUUUUUUUUUUUUUGUGUGUUUGAUUCUAUCUAGGAUUCGUCUAUCUACAAUAAUGCCUCUAGAAUUGGACAAAGAAGAGGGAAGCAAUUUCGUUUUGGGCUAGAAGAACCGCAUCAAAGGAGCAGAAUUCAGGCAGUUGGGUGGGGAGAAAAACUAAAAUUUUCCUCUACUGAGAGUUGAGGAGAAGACUCAAAGGGGUUUCUGAGGGGAUGGAUUCGGGCUUGAGGUCGUUUUUUCAGGCGCCGUCGGUGAUCUACACCGACGGGCAGGGUAAUCCAGUGCAGCAGCAGCACACCGACUGGUUGUCGGGGUUUACAUCUCCGGCGGGUGGGGAAUUCGAGGCAUGCAAUGCAAUUGAAUUGGACAGAUGGAAGGAUAUUCCUUUCACAUGCCUGCUGGGUCUGGAUGAGAGCACGACUCUAGAGAUGGGAGGAGAUCUCCCUGCUUCUUCUUCUGCAUGGAAUACAACACCCUUUAAUUUGGGAGUUCAUGAUCCAGUUCCUGCUCAGUACGACCUCAAUUUACCUCAUGAGAGCACCGCGGAUUCGUCGUCAUUUGGGGGAAUAGACUUUCUCUUUGCUCCUGUGACACCACACAAGGCGAUGGACGGAACCCCUGCAGCAAUGGAGAGAGAUGUGAGAGUGGAGAGUAGACAUGGUUUGUCUUGUGGAGAAACAGCAGACAAGCAAGCUGCUAUCAGUCCACUUAACCUUGAGUUUACUUCUGAGGCUAGGAAUGUUGUUCUGGUUCCGGAUCCAGUUCCGGAUUCUUCAUCGAUGAUUGGGUUGACGACACAGGAGAAUCAGAACAGGGAGAAGGUGGACUUCAGUGUCAUCGACUUGAACAAAACACCACCAACGAAGAAACCCAAGAGGAAGAAGCACGUACCCAAAGUGCUGGUGGAAGGCAAGAAACCGAAGACCCCAAAACCACAGACCCCGAAGCAGCCCAAGAGGAAGUAUGAGAAGAAGAACAAGUUGAGUCCUCCAGCUGAUGCUGCUGCUGCUGCUAAUGGUAGUGGAGAGGUAGAGAUCCCGAACAGUGAAGAGUCUGCCACAUCAAAUGCGAAUCAGACCGGCAAGAGGAAGAACAUGAAGUCUGACACUCUAACUUCUCCGGUGACUAAAGAGGGCACACCAAGGAUUAAGAGGAAGUACACAAGGAAGGGCUCAAGAGACAGUCCAACAGGAACAGUUGGGGAAUCAGAAGCAAUCUCUGGAGGAAAGUCAGGAUGUACAACUAUUCCUAGAGAAGCAACAGGGGAAUCUGUGGAUCCACAAGGUCGUCCUCAACCUGCCAAAAAGAGCUGUAGGAGGGCGUUAGAUUUUAGUUCAGAAGAAGCAGGAAAUCAAAGGUUUACAAAGAAGCUAUCCUCACCUAGUUUGGUGUCUGAGCCAGUUGCAAAAAGCCAAACGGCGUCCAUUUCUUUUGGAGAUGGAAUUGAAGUGAGGAUGCAGAAUACUUCCACAGGAUCUCCAUUCGACUUCGAAAGUUCCGUCACAGACCUGCUUAAAAGUUAUUCACCGAAGGCAGGAAAUCAAGCAAACACUAAAGGAAAAGGGAUGUUAGCCACUCAGUCCAUGCAGCAGUACAACACCCAAAUUUCACUUUCUAAUGCAUCAAGCUGUAGUGGCUCAGUCAGAACUUUGACUGAGCUCGGUGACGCAAGUGUUUCACGGAACACAAAUUCCAGUCCUAGUGAACCAGCCAUAAAUAUGGCUGGGCAUUUUUACAAUGGGUUCUCUAUAUGCCAGACAUGGCCUUGGACACUAAUGCCAGAGUGUCGGAAAAAGAGGGGCGAAAAGGCCCAAAAUUCUGCUGUGUCUAGCAUACCUGUUGUCUCCCCAGCUGCCAGAACAGUCGAUCACUUUUCUUAUUAUGCUCAUUCUCACGAAAACAGACUUCUUUCUGGGACAGUUGGAAAAGCAGAAUCUGCUGGCUUUCUUCAAUAUAACCUCAACAGUUCCAGUCCACUAAAUGAGACUGAUAAGUCAACAAAAAGAAGGUCUAAAGCUCCUGUUCGGGUUCACGAUCUGGGUUCUCUUGUCACUAUCCCUCAGCAUAACAAUCAGCACAUUCAGAACUUAAACAGGCGUGAGGUACGUAUGGGAGCCUUACUUGCAGGCCCUCAAGCAACCUUAAAGAAGCCAAAGAAGAAUAGUAAACGGGAUUCUCUAGGUAGAUAUGCAUCCUCAAGUACUCAUGACAAAGGACAACACGGGAGGAUGGUUUUAUUUAAUCAGAACCAAUUCUCAGGUUCCCUGGACUUGCUAUUCAACCAGAUGCUCAAUGUGGAUGAGUUAGCUGAGCAAUUAAAGCACCUUAACAUCAAUAGGGAACGCCCUAAAACAACUUCAGCAUCAAAAGAACUAGUUCCCUACAGGGCCAGCAAAAGCAAAAAGAAGCAGAAUGCAAUGGUUAUCUACAGAGGGGAUAAUAGGAUGGUUCCAUUUGAAACCGUGAAGAGAAAGCGACCCAGGGCAAAGGUUGAAAUAGAUGACGAAACACUUAGGGUGUUUAAUCUUCUACUAAAAAGCAUAGACAGUGAAGGUAUUGAUGGAACGGAUGAAGCAAAGGCAAAGUAUUGGGAAGAGGAGAGAAGCAUCUUCCGUGGGCGCACAAAUACAUUUAUAGCAAGAAUGCAUCUUGUACAAGGGGAUAGGCGCUUCUCGAAAUGGAAAGGAUCAGUUGUGGAUUCAGUUAUUGGAGUGUUUCUGACUCAAAACGUUUCAGACCAUCUUUCUAGCUCUGCAUUUAUGGCAAUGGCUGCUCGUUUCCCCAUUAAGAGAAAUCAGGAGCCACAGUGCGAAGAGGGAGGGUCCAUAGUGAUCAACCCGACAGUUUCUAUGCCAGAUGACGAAUGCUUGAACUGGGAUGAAAUGUCAAAUCAAUCCAUUUCUGACCAGAUUUCCAUGACUCUUUGUGACCCUCAGCAUGAAGAAACAGAAGUGGCCCAUAACCUGGAUUCCACAAGCAGCACGAGCACUAAUAUUUGCUCGACACCUGGCACAGAGAAUUACGCUGAAUCAGUGAUCUCCUCUCAGACUUCAUCACAAAACUCAAAUUCGCCAGUCAGUCAAACUUUUGACAACAUUAAAGAGUCAUGCACAGAGACCAACUCGCAAGAAGCGGAUACUUGCGAUGGUGGAGCCCAACUCUACAGCUUGGGUGGAGGUAAUAGUUCUUUAGUUGAGCUGCAGCAGAAUGCUCAAUCUGGUUAUACCAUAAUACCGAAGGAACCAUUGAAAAACCUUUCAGGAGGGAUGUCUGAUAUUGUGGAGAGUAGUGAUAAAUUUGAGAAGGAGAAGUCCUCACAGAACACAUCAGGGCCAAACUUGAUUAACAAUGCAUCUUCCAAAGGCAAGGAUAUAAAAGAUUUGGAUGCUGCUAAGAGAAAGGCAAAAAGUAGAAGGGUUGGUGAUGAGAUCAAAGAUGAUGACUGGGAGGCACUAAGAAGAAGUGUAUUGCCAAAUGGAAUAAACAAGGAGAGAGCAGAGAACGCAAAGGACUCGGUGGACUGGGAAGCUGUAAGAUGUUCAGACGUGGAUGUGAUUGCCAAGACGAUCAAAGCUCGUGGAAUGAACAACGUGCUUGCAGGGCGCUUGAAGGAGUUUCUUAAUAAACUGAUAACCUACCAUGGAAGCAUAGAUCUCGAGUGGUUAAGAGAUGUUCCCCCAGACAGAGCAAAGGAGUAUCUGCUAAGCUUCAAUGGACUGGGGCUGAAAAGUGUAGAGUGUGUCCGGCUUUUGACGCUUCAUCACCUAGCCUUUCCAGUCGACACGAAUGUUGGGCGUAUAGCUGUCCGACUUGGAUGGGUCCCCCUGCAACCACUGCCUGAUUCACUUCAGUUGCAUCUACUGGAAAUGUAUCCUAUACUGGACACAAUUCAGAAGUAUCUAUGGCCUCGACUGUGCAAACUUGAUCAGAAAACACUGUACGAAUUGCAUUACCAGCUGAUCACAUUUGGAAAGGUUUUUUGUACAAAAAGCAAGCCAAACUGUAAUGCGUGCCCAAUGAGAGGAGAAUGUAGACAUUUUGCCAGUGCAUUUGCAAGUUCCAAACUCCUUCCAGGACCAGAGGAAAAAAGAAUAGUUACUGCACAACCUCAAGACCGGCCAACUUUCACCGGCCCAGCUAUGCAAAAUGUUCAAAGAUCUAUAUUACCUCCACCAACUAUAUGUGAAGAAACUCAGCAGUCAGUAUCUCACUCAACGUCAACUGUGCCCGAACAAGAAAGUUGCCAGCCAGGGAUGUUGCACCUGCCAACAGUAAAAGCAAGAGCCAACUGUGAGCCCAUCAUUGAGGAGCCAUUAUCACCAGAACCACAAUGCACUCAAGUCGAAAUAGAUGACAUUGAAGAUGCCUUUUAUGAGGAUCCUGAUGAAAUCCCCACUCUUAAUUUGAAUGGGGAGAUUCCUACCAUCCCAUUGAAUGUUCAAGAGCUUGCUCAGAAUAUCGAGACGUAUAUCAAACAUAACAUGCAACUUCGUGAAGGUGACAUUUCAUUGGACUUGGUUGCUAUGGCUACAGAGGCUACAUACAUUCCUCCACCAAAGCUUAAAAACAUUAGCCGGCUAAGAACUGAGCACCAAGUAUAUGAGCUACAUGAUACUCAUCCUCUUGUAAAAAGGUUGGAGAAGCGAGAAGCUGAUGAUCCAUCUCCAUAUCUCCUUGCAAUAUGGACCCCAGGUGAAACGGCAAAGUCUGUUGUCCCACCUAAGACAAUAUGCACAUCACAGUCACAGGGGAAAUUAUGCGAUGAAGGGACAUGUCCCUCAUGCUGCAGCUUCUUGGAAGCAAGACGUCAAGUAGUUAGAGGAACUAUUCUGAUACCCUGUCGAACAGCGAUGAGAGGAAGUUUCCCACUCAAUGGAACAUACUAUCAAGUGAAUGAGGUAUUUGCUGACCACGAGACUAGUAAAAAUCCAAUUGAUGUACCCAGGGAGUGGCUAUGGGAUCUACCCAGACGAACUGUCUACUUCGGAACAUCUGUACCAACAAUAUUUAGGGGUUUGACUACCGAGCAAAUCCAACAAUGUUUCUGGAAAGGAUUUGUUUGCAUUAGGGGGUUCGACAGAAAGACGAGAGCACCACGUCCUCUGCAGCCGAGACUGCACUUACCAGCCAGCAAGAUGAAGGAAAAGGAAAAGGAAAAGGAAAAGGACAAGAAUAUAGCAGAUGAUGAUGAAUAGAGAGUUUGUCCAAAACCUUUUUCCGAACCAAAUCUUGCCGUGAUAGUGAAACCAUGCUUGAGGACACAAUAAGUUGCAGGGAUCACAUUCAAUGACAGAGACUCGGUAACCCGAACGAGUUGUUGGAUUUCCCAUAAUAUAGGGUGUAGGAUUGUGCAUACAUAGCAGAAAACUGUAAUUUCUCAGAGUUGUGCUCAUAUUUGAGCAUUUUUCUUACUUCAGGUUAACUAUCCCCCAAAUAUCACUUGUGCCUUUCCUAGUUACAUAUAAAACUAUGUCAAUGACCAUCAUUCAUCAGAAUCAGAAUGGUUCAGGAGUAGCUGAUGCAUUAGCUUGCUAACAUGAUUACUCAAAUGGCUUUAACUUUCUCCUAAUUGGAUCAUAGCAAACUCACAACUUUCUGCUAGAUAAAAAUCCCAAGCUGCAACAGAAGCACAUGUUCAAU